CAGCAGCAGCAGCUUGUUGUUGUUGCUCUGGUCGUGGUCAUAGCGCUGCGCCGCCUCCCCCCCUCCCCAACACAGACAUUUAUAGCGGCCGGAACUGUAGCGGAUAGCGGGAUAAAGGGAGCACAGCUCUCCCUGGCAGCGGGGAGCAGCUCUGAACUCCGCAGGUGAGACGGGAGACUAGCCGCUUUAGCAGCAUGGAGUGGCUGGGAGACGCAGCUUCACUUCAGCCCAACGAGGAAACCAACACAACUCCCACGGCCAGGGGCUCCAGCCAUGCCUGCCCGCCCCACCAGGUUCCUUCACCACACUUUUGUGAUUGUGCCGUGGCAUCACUUUGUCAGAGCCAGAAGCGCUGUGUAAAGGCUUCCAUCGUUUCCAGCUGGAGCCUGGCAGAGGCGCAGGACCAGCUAUGCUCUUUAGGGGUCCACAGCUCAGAGUCGCUGGAGCAGGAGCACGCUCGGACUCUGGCUUGCCCCACAGAACUCGUAAACACUGUGGAAGAGUGGCGGCGCAAGGAGAGCCUACUGGGAGGUCAGGAACCCGUCCGGACUACUGUGCUGGGUUCUGCUGGGAGUUGGGAUGUUUUUGAUAAGAGUAUCAUCAAUAUCCAAAAUCAGUCUGGAGAUAUAGAACACAACAACUGCAAAACAUUUCUCCAAAAGUAUGAACAAGAGCUCAGGCAUUUUGGUAUGUUGCGAAGAUGGGAUGACAGUCAGCGAUUCCUGUCAGACAUGCCACAGCUCAUCUGUGAGGAAACAGCCAACUUCUUAAUUCUGUGGUGCAUUAGACUACAACAAGAAGGGAAAGAAGCAUUGAUGGAUCAGGUGGCACAUCAAGCUGUGGUUAUGCAGUUUAUCUUGGAGAUGGGAUCAAACUCACAGCAGGAUCCUCGAGGUUGCUUCAGACAGUUCUUCCACAAAGCCAAAAAAGGACAAGACCUCUACUUAGAAGUCUUCCAUAAGGAACUUGAGGCCUUCAAACAGAGAGUCAAAGACUACAUAGACAAACGCAGAAGUGAUAUAUCUAACGCUGAACAACAGAAUACUGGCACAAACUACAGACUCGACUCCAAAGAAACAACAGACUCGUUACCACAGGUGGCAGAGUACAAUAUGAAGCACUAUUUAGAUACUGGACUUUGGACAAGUACGGGGAGGUGGACAAAGGAUGACAGUACAGAGACAGAAGACAGCCGUAUGAUGGAGACCUCUUAAGGAAUGUACAAUCAGCUCCUGCUUUCCUUCCAUUUUAAUCGUCUGUCCAGAAACAAUCUUUUAAUGUCCCCUUCACACAGCAGACCAGGCUAAGAAAUGCCAUCGCAGAGCAAGGAUAAAUGGAGAUGCAAUAAGUCUUUACAUUGAAUUUUCAAGAGAGAGAGCCAGCAGAAAAUAAUAUUUUGCUAAUGAUAAACAUUUCUCAGUGUUGCCUUCAAUGUGUGGCUGUUUUUGGCCUUUGAUGAUAUCACGGCUGAACAUUUAUGUCGCGCUAGAACCUUUGUUUCACAGAUGGGUUUCUUCCAUUCUUCUUCUCAUUCCACUAAAAAGUGGGGGAAAAAAACUGAUUGCAUAUCAUCCAGACAACACAAAGUUACCCAAGGGAACACGGGUAGAACAUACAAACUCCACACAGAGAGGCCCUUUCGCCAACCCCACCCAGGGUGUGGGUGCUGAAGUCAUGGAGGAAGUAAAGACGCACUCAUUUUGGCACUUUUCCACCAGUACCUACUCGGCUCUACUCAGCUCGGCUCGACUCAACUCGGCCAAGUUUCUUUUCCAUAACAAUUCAGCUGAGUAGGUACUAGUGGAAAAGCACCAAAAUACUCACUAAAAUGCGGAACCCUUUUUGUAUAUUUAAAGUAGAAUUGAUAUGCCCAGCAGCCUCUCGUCUAUGGCAUCUUGUCAUUUGUAAGUAUAUAGGCCUUUGUCAUUUAUAUUUAUAUUUGUGGGACAGUUUCAUUCUUCUGUUUGAUUUGAAAUUUGGUCAAAUGCCCUGGAUUCUAUUGAAACGUGCAAUGGAGUAAUGUCUGAGUAUAGUAUAAACAACAACACAAAAUGACAGUCAAGACAUCCUAUAUUGGUUUUCUCCUUUCAUUUGUUUAUAAACUGGAAGAGCUCCCCCGUGACAGUCAUCAUGGUCAGGUUUUACCUGGAGAAACCUGCAGCUUCCAGUAACACAACAUUUAAAAGGAAUUUGCACAAUCUCACUAAUCCAUUACCAGAGAGAAAUAUGCAUACAAUAUGUUCUGAAGCGGGAGGUUGGAUUAUUCUGAUACUUGAUUCGGGGGGUGGUAGUCUUGUGGACAAAACAGAGGAGGGCUUGGGUCUGGAGGAUUCAGGUUCAAGCCCCAAAAUGGCAACCAAGAUGAAGCACCUUGGGCCCCUGAGCAAGGCCCUUAACCCUAAUUGCUCCAUGGUGUGUGUGUGUGUCUCAGAUGUAAGUCGCAUUGGAUAAAAGCGAUUAGUUACAAA